AGCUCUUCUUUUUCUUUUCUUUCCUUUUUCCUUCCUUUCCUUUCUCUCCUAGGCUCCGUUUGCCAUAGCGCACACCCUCCCGAGGGGUUUGCCUGGAUCAUUUAUUUAUCUUGUGCGCAUUAAGAAACCACCAUUAGGCUUUGGUGGGAGGCGCCUUGCUCGGUGCGCGCUCGCCUGCCUCCGCGGCGCUGCCAGAGGAAUACACAAUCGAGCCCAAGCUGCAAGCUUGGCAGGAGCUGCCUUUGCGUGCCCAUUUACUUGCCGGAUCCGUAUAUUUUUUUUUGCCGACUGGGUCAUUGCCGCUUCCCUCCAGGGUUUCAUCUUAAUUUUUAUUUUUGCGUGUGUGUGGAUUAUUAAUUUUUUUUCCUUUUUUUUUUUUUUUUUUCGCCGGAGUUUUGAUGCCGGGCCGGACUUAGCGCGGGCGCGGAGGAGCUGCGCGGAGCCGUGCCGAGCCGUGCCUCCUGCCCCGGGCCCCGCCCGCGGAUCGGCCUCCCUGGCCCGGCGCCGGCCGCGGGUUGGCCGCGGGGCCGCGGAGUGGCGGGUGCGCUGCGCCGCGCCGCCGCCUCCCCGCGGAGCCGCCGAGGGAUGCUGCUGCGCCGCGGCCGGGCAUAGGCAGGAGCCGAGCGGGCGGGGGAGGGAAGGAAGGCGAGAAAGACGGAAAGAAAGGAUCCCCCAAGCCCCGAGGGGAGAGGAAAGGCGAGAAGGUGCGUGAAUGUGAAGGAAUGUACCUGCACGUCGCCGGAGCCGCACGCUUGGGAUAAAAAAUAAAUAAACCGAGGAGGCUGAUCCCUGCGACUUAUUACCCGGAGAAAAAAAAAAAAAAAAAAGGAAAAGAAAAGAAAAACCUUAUAGCGGAGGCACAAGAAGAAGAGCGACAAGGCUGCGGCGAGCAGCUCCAGAGUCGGGCGCCCGGCGGAUGGCGCGGCCGUCCCGCUGACUCCGCGGCCGCGGGAGGCUGCGCGGGGCGGCGCGGCGCGGCGCGGGGCAUGCCGUGCCGGCGGCGUGACUGAGCGGGGCGCUCCCGCCGCCCGCUCCGCACCGCGCCGCGCUCCCCUCCGCUCCGCUCUCCUCCGCCGCAUGCCGCCGGCAGCCGCGGCGCGCUGAUGCCCCGGGGCCGCGGCGGCGCUGCGGACGGCCCCUAGGAUGAGCGAGGGGGCUGCCGGCGCCGCGGCGCCCGGGGCGGCGGAGGCGGCGGCUGCGGCGGGGGGCCCGGGCGGGGAUGGGGCCGGGGGGCCGCCGCGGGAGCUGCGCUGCAGCGACUGCAUCGUCUGGAACCGGCAGCAGACGUGGCUGUGCGUGGUACCCCUCUUCAUCGGCUUCAUCGGUCUGGGGCUCAGCCUCAUGCUGCUCAAGUGGAUCGUGGUGGGCUCCGUCAAGGAGUACGUCCCCACCGAGCUGAUGGACGCCAAGGGCGUGGGGCAGGACCCCUUCUUCCUCUCCAAGCCCACCGCCCCCCCCCGCGGCGCGGAGACCACCGCCGCCGCCACGCCGCGGCCGCCCAGCCGUGUCAGCCCCCGCCUCACCACCAUGAGCCGGGCUCCCCCGCGGCCCCCCGGCACCCGCGGCCCUGCGCGGGGCGGCCCGCGGCCCACCGCGGCCAGGCACCCCGUGUCGCCGCACACGGCACCGCCCGCCAGCGGCCCCCCCGGCACCGCCGGCCGCGGCGCCCGGCCGCCGCCCGCCGCCCCCAGCACCCCGCCGCUGCCCGCCUGGCCCACUGCGGCACACGCUACCUCCUCCUACAAGAUCUACGUCCACGACUCGGCGCCGUCCUGGACCUUGUCCCCCUUCCAGGAGUCGACCACCACCACGCCGGAGGCCAGCACGACCCCCAAAACCCACACCACAACGUAUUCCACGGAGCGCUCUGAGCACUUUAAGCCAUGCAAAGACAAGGACCUUGCAUAUUGUCUCAACGAAGGGGAAUGCUUUGUGAUCGAAACCUUAACGGGAUCCCACAAACACUGCCGGUGCAAAGAGGGCUACCAAGGAGUCCGCUGUGACCAAUUUUUGCCGAAAACCGACUCAAUCUUGUCAGAUCCAACAGACCAUUUAGGAAUUGAAUUCAUGGAGAGCGAGGAGGUGUACCAGCGCCAGGUGCUGUCCAUCGCCUGCAUCGUCUUCGGCAUCGUCGUGGUGGGCAUGCUCUGUGCAGCCUUCUACUUCAAAACAAAGAAGCAAACCAAGCAGAUUCAUGAACAGCUGAAAGAAACACAGAAUAGGAAAACCUACAGCCUGAAUGCUUCCAGCAUGAUGGCAAAGUCGGAGUGUAUGGCACAAAGCCAAGUCCAGCUGCAAAAUUAUUCAAAGCCAGAUAGGCACCCGGGGCCCAUUCUGCACAAAGUUAUGGAGUCUAGUUUUUCAGGCACCCAGUCUUUCCCAGAGGCCUUGUCUCCUGACAGAGGAACCCAGCCCAUCAAGCACCACAGAAGUCUCUCUUCAUGCUGCAGCCCAGGACAAAAAAGUGGGAUGCUCCAUAGAAAUGCCUUUCGGAGGACUCCUCCCUUGCCUCGGGGUAGGUUCAAUGGAAUUACAGGACCAGCAUAUCAGCAGCUCCAAGAGUCGAGGAUCACGGACCAGGACACGAUACCUUGUCACGGGUAUUCAUCCAGUGGUUUAAAAACUCCUCAGAAUCCUUCAAUAAAUAUGCAACUGCCUUCAAGAGAGACAACCCCAUAUUUUAAUAACGUGGAUCAGAAGGACUUGGUCAGCUAUUCCUCUUCAAGGGCCAACUCCGUUCCCAUCAUCCCGUCUGUGGGCUUGGACGAAGCCUGCAUGCAAAUGCAAAAUGUUCCUGAAGUAACAGGCAUCAAAUGGUGCAAAAACUCCUAUUCCGCUGAACUUGUCAACGUGAGUUCCCCAGUCAGUAAUUGUCUAAUAGCAGAGCAACACGAGGUGAAAGUGCUGCUGGAAACUGUGCAGGAGCAGAUCCGGAUGCUGACGGACGCGCGGCGGGCGGAGGACGCGGAGCUGGCGGGCGCGGCGGCGCAGAGCGGCGCCAGCGAGAACACGGCCUUCCUGCCCAUGAGCCCCACGGCCAAGGCAGAGCGAGAGGCACACUUUGUCCUCAAAAGUGACACGCAGAGAGACUCGGUAUUGGCCAAGUGACUCCGUGUGGGGCUGGCGGGAGGGGAAUCGAGAGGUCUGUGCAUUCGACGCUUUGCUAAACAGGAAGGGAGGAAGUUAAAUACAAAUUAUUUAUAUGCAUUAAUUUAAGAGCAUCUACUUAGAAGAAACCAAAUAGUCAAUCGCCCUCAUAUCAUAGUGUUUUUUAACAAAAUAUUUUUUUAAGGGAAAAGUUCCAGGAGGGAUGAAGCGUGCUUUUAGAUGCUUUCUAGGCAGGAUUACACAGUUCCAGUUCCAGAGGACUUUUCCGUGGUCCUGUUCGGCUGUCUGAUGGCUUAGGCUAUGCAUCUCUUUUUCAGUAAAGGCCAGGUACUGUCCUUAGAUGCAUUUCUGGUUUCAGGGCAGCACUGCAGUGAGCUGCUGGGCAGGGAUUCAGACCCUGGAGAACAUGUCCUGUAAGCCCAACACAGAUCCACUCCCCUCUCCCCCUCUGCUCUUGAUUCCAGGUUCACACCAUGAAAACAGGCACGCAGACACCUAAUUCUGAGUUCUGGUACGUGCUGUGGAAUGAUGACAACAUCCCUGAAUUGAGCAGAUGCUUAACUCUUAACCUUAAUUUGAUGUGUCAGUCGCCCCAAGAAAUCAAUGGAAUCAUUUAUGAGCUUUGGGAUUGGCCAAGAGUGGGAGCAGGAUUGGGGUCUAUAGAGGUUCAGUGAGUCCACAGCUGCUGAGUCCAUCUUCUGAGCUUUGCCUAUCAGAGCUGCCUUGGUGGAGAGUGAGGAAGAACGAGAGAAAAUGUCUAAGUGUGUAUUACAACAGGUUUGGUUUUGGUUUCUGGUUUGGGUUCUUUUAAGUGGAAACAUAAACUCUGUUGUUCGUUAGCACCCCUCAACAUUUCUAAACUUUUACACUUUAAAAGCAUUUGUAAGCUCUCAAGGAGCACUUCUCAGUGUGUGUGUGUAUUUUUUUUAAACUUAUUUUUUAUUAUGGCUUGUUCAGAGAAGAGUCAGGGAGAUCCACUAUGAUCAAAAUCCAGCCAAUAAGUGUCCACGCUGCCUAAUUUAUUCCUGCAUUCAGUUCUCCAGUCACUUUCAUUAAUUAUGGCUUAGGCUUGUGAACUUUAAAGCUUCAUCCCUGCAGAUGGCUCAGUAUGGGCAGACCCACAGGCAUGCAGAGAUCUGACUCUGAUGGAGCUUUCUAAGAGCAGAUGGUUUCCACCAAGCCGCUCCCUGCAGGGGAUCAAGGCCUAGAGAGGAUGUAUCAUUGCCUGGUUGCCAUAUCCUAAUCACAUGAUAAGCUCUUUUUGCAUUAGCUUUCUUUGAGUCCCUUUCCCCCCCAUAAAUUGUAACAAAAUGUGCCAAUUUUGCAAUGAAUUGGGUUCAGUGACACAUUUUAUUUGGUUUAUUAGUGUAAAAAUAUCUGCUUAUUCUUGGGGGGAAAAAAUCCACUAUAAUAAAUAAUCACUAAAUACCCUUCCCUGGUUAGUGCCAGGAGAUUGAUUUGAAAAAAACCAGAAUAUAUACAGAAUGUGUUGAAAUAUUCCUUCGAAACAAAAUAAUUGUUAAAUUUAUUAAUGUGCCCCAGACUUUCUAGUUCACAAGUCUCAAGACUUCCCAAAAUAGCACAAUCAGUCCCGCAGUGCUGUUGUAUGUUGAGUCAGAAUAAAGCAAUAUCUUAACCUCUGUCAAGUAAAUUUGGAAAAGAAAUGCUGAAGGUGUAUGUCAUUUUUAAUUUUUUUUGUUAGGGCAGUAAAAAAAAUUAUUUUUUACAGUCUUCAUCCAGCAAGUCUUAUUUUGGGUUGCUUUUGUGGUUUUGGGGGUACUUUUAAAGAUAAAGUUGAUGAAAUUGUCCUGUUUACAGUAUUUUCUAUGGCUGCAAUCUUUGCUGUGUGUUUUCAACAGAAAUGUAUUUGAGAGCAAACCAUUGUUUUAUGCCCCAGGAUGGAGUGUGAGGUGUUCAGUUCCCUUCUGCAAAGACAGAGCUCUUGUAGCAGUGAGGGGGGAUGCCCCUGGGGUUUGGGCUCACCCUGACAUUUUCCUGCCAUAUGUGGUGGCCGGGCACAAUCUCACAGUGCAUGAGCUGGCUGUGGGGGCAUGGCCCCGAGCCCACACCAGACAAACCCUCUGAAAGGCAGGGUGCAUUCGGUGGGGCUCAGCUUUGCACCCCUGCAGUCGUUGGACUUUUCUGUCCACACCACUUGCAUCCCCCAUCUCAGGUCGUGAGCAAAGAGAGAUUGCCUCUGCCCAUGAGCCCCGUGAACAUACCUGAAUUUUCAUGUUAUAUGAAAACUGGGUACUAUGUAAAGCUCUGAUUCAACAAUUUUCAAAUGGUGAUCACAAUUAAUGAAUCGUUCACCAUUAAUUUUUUCGAGAUGUUCUUUCUGCAAUACAGUGCAGAAUCCUGCCCAAACUGGUGCUUAAAAAUUCAGUAUUUUCAAUUCAGGUGCAAGUACUUCCCUCCCCCAAGCUCUGCAAAUUCACUUCUGGCAACAUAAUGGGAGCACACAGCAAGAUUGCAGUUGAAGAAAGCACCAUAUCAUAGGCCAUGCCUUUGGGGAGAGAAUGUGUUCAUGCAGCACCCCCGAAAGACCCAGAAAGAGGAGACGAGCAAUGUAUUUAAGAGAAUGAAAUGUUUUACUGAAUGGUAGCUGAAGAUCUGAAAUGGUGAGGAUAUCUUUGGUUCAUGUUAGAGAUACGAUCUUGUACUCAGCAAAGGAUGUGUGACUGUUAUAUGUUAACUGUUCUAUUCAGUUCUCAGCAUGUUUGAAUAGAGAGAUGUUAAUAUUAACCAAUGACAGACUAGUGUAUUAUUUGUUCAGAGCAUCGCUUCAGAUCUUACUGAAACUGUCAUUGUUUGCAGAGGAAAACAAAAAGGGUUGAAAACAUCCAACUAGGUAGCCUUAAUGUUGUUUGUGUGGUUUUCUAAUGCAACUGUUUUCCUCUGUGGACCUUCCUGUUUUACAGUGAAUGGGGCAACAUUUUCUCUGAGGUCUGACAAUUAAUUGUGUAAAGCAUCCAUUUGAAAGUCAUACUGAAACAGCCAACAUGGUAGGCCAAAUUUUGCUUUGCUUCUGGUCCCACUGAACUCAUGGAUUGGAAGGGAUGCAAGUCAUUGAGAAAUGCAAUUCACUCCUAAAAGUGCAUCUGUUCCCAGCUUUGGAGACAGUCUGUAAUCCCCCUAGAAGAGGCUCUGAACUCAGUCGAUUAUGUGGUUCAUAAUUAAAAAUUUUAUCUGACCUAUGAAGUUCCAGGUGUAGUCUGGUGUGAAAAUUUACACACAUAGCAUUGCAUUCAAGCAAACUGGGAGAGCAGCUGACUGAAUAAAUUGAACUUUCUCUGAACUGAGCAGAGAGAAAGCCUGUGUCUCCAGCACAGCACCAUGGAGAAUUGUGAGAAGCAUAUAUCCUGAUCUUUUUUAAAAAUUUAUUUCUGUUUAGAAUUUCUUCAAAAACAAUCCAAAAUAACCCUAAAAAAAUAAUCAAGCCAGUAGAACAAUCCCAGCACUUGAAAUAGGAGAUGUGGGUAAGUAUGGGCACAUUUGUAGUGUUUACCAUUGAAUAACUCUUCAGUACCCCAAGGCCCAAAGCUGGAAUGUUGUCAUUUUUUCAGGCACAUGUUUAGAUCAACAAAUGUUUUUGUGGAACACGAGCCCUUCAGCAUGCCUUUGGUACCUGGCCACGCUCUCAGCUGGUGUGGUGAGUGCAGCAAUGGCAGCAUCUGUUAAUGGAGGAUCACAUCCCAAAUCCGUGCUGCUGGAUGCCCAGCGUAGUGCCACAAAGCUUAGUAGUCUCCCCUGUGAUGUCAGCACUGCCACACAAAAGGAUUUAUUUUGCCUUUGAGCAUCCCAGCAGAGUGUGAGCCCCCUCAGCUCCUUGGCUGGUGACUGGGCUGGGCUGGCAGCUCCUCCUGGCACAGGCUGAUGUCCCUGGCCAGGCUCAGCAGCAGUGAACUUGUCACCCUGUGGCUGAUCCCAAAGCCACUCAGCACCAUCCUUCAAGUUCAGAUUUUGAAAUAAACAGUGGCUUGAUGGCAUGUGCUUAUGACCAAGCAUGUGCUCCCAAACUGAAAUGUUAGCAGUUAAUUCACACCUACUUCUUAUGUAAGUAGGGAGAAAAUCUGGAUUCCUUUUCCCAAUUUAUCCCCAGGUUCCUGUAGUCUCCUGUUGGACAUUACUUGAACAUUUCUUACUCUUAUAAGAAAUUCUGAAAAUAAAUACCAAAGAAGAACUCUGAAAGAGUCCUACCUACAGUAAAUAAAUUUGAAGCUUGAAGGAACAGACCUGGAAUAAAAACUGUGUUUGAAAGUAUUAAUAUCAAUUGCCUUUCAAUCAAAUGAAAUUUCCCAGUAAACUCUUUACCCCCUAGGAGAACAAGGAGCUUAUAAAGUGAUUUAUUAUCUUACCAUGAAUUUAAAAUGUUUAUCUUCAAGGAGAUUGGGAAAAAGCAAAUAUUUAACUUAGAUUUUUUUGUGAUUUAUUUUUAAAAUUUUAUUUCAGCAACCUAACAGGUCAAUGAACCCAUUAUCUGUAUUGUCUGACACAUAGUCAUAAAGUCUCCUCUUUUGUGGUCCAAAAGCUGCAAUGAUAGAUUUCCUUAAAGAGAUCAAGAUUUUAUCUAAUUUUAUUUUUAAAUUGUUCAUAGAAUAAUACAGUUAUUUAUCUUGCUGAAAAAUAUAAAGUAAUGCAAACUUUUUUUGGUUUUGUACUGCAUUAUUGCUGAAUUCACGGCAAGAUUGUGCUUCCUUGGUUUUGAUGUCUGCUUACAGGAAAACAACUGACACCCUGUUUUCAGGUUUAGACUUGGCACUUCCAAAUCAUGGUAUGAGGCAGGAUUUCUGUAUUUUCCAUAGCAAAGUUCAAACAUGAUACAGAAAUUAAAAAGCUACAACAGCAGUAAAAUUACUAACAAAGUAGGCCUGUGUUUUGUUUGGUGGUUUUUUGGGUUUUUUUAUUCAUUUUUAUUCCAUGGCAAUCAGAGGAUUGUGCCAUGGGAAUUGGUGGUCUCUUGCAAGAAAUUCAGAAUGUGUUAGAGACAGUGGAAAGUCAUCAGUGUAGCCCAGAGCUAGAAAAGCAGUGGAGGAGGAAAGAGUCAUUCAGUGUCUGCCACAGGGGAUGAGAGUGCUUUCAUCUUAAUAGUAAAAACCAGUACAGUUGUUUACUGUUGAAAGGUUUACCUGCUAGGAAAGGUAAAUUAUCUGAAUUUAUUAAUGACCACAGUGGUAGUGUUUGAUUAAAGGAAAAGAAGCAGAAAUUUCCAAUUUUUUCCUGCUUGCCUUGUCCCUUGGAACAAAUCUAAUUAUGUUUUGGUUCUGUGUUAUUAAAGCACUGUUUCCAGUGCUUCAGAGACAGAGUGCUCACACCUCACUGACAGCCUGCACUGACUCUUCCUUGCUUGAAAAGAUUAAGCAGUUUCCUCUUUGAUCAACACUCCUGUAAACAAGGAGUGAUUUUUCUAAUACCCCACAGGGCUGUUCUUGUGCAAGUUUUCCCAGAUAAGUAAUGAAAAUACAGCAAGACCACCUAUAAUUCUAUUUUUAAUAUAAGAAACUGUAUAUAAUACUUUACAGCUCUAAUGGAGAAGGGUUAUUGAUGACUGGAAUAUGUAAAUAAACUAUAGGACAUAAUGUAUGUCAGCAGCAUGGAAAUCCUGCAUUUGUACCAUAGCUCUUAAUAAUGCAUUCUCUUCACGCCAUCAGGAGACCUACAUGCAGUUUAUAAUUUGCUUUCCCUGGGGGGACCAUGGUCUGUAGCACAUCACUGCAGUGGCUGGGCACUGAUGUGCCCUGUCCUUAUUUCCUGCAGUGCAAGAGCCACCUCUGGGCUGUCCAAGCCUGCUUGGAACUCUCGGAAUUAGUAACCCUUCAGCUUCUUCACUCGCGUUCAGUUUUACCUUGCCCUCAGAAUGAAGAGUAUCAGCCUGACAUUUGGGACCCUGAAUAAAUGUAAGGCCUUAAAGAAUUUAAUGCACUUAACAUUUGUCUGCUUUGGUUCGACCUGAUGGGAAACCUCUCCCUUGAAGGAUUUAUGCAGCCCAUGCUGCAAGGCACUUUCCUGCUGUUCCUUCAAGGAAUAUGGAACAAGAGCUCCCAGUUGUGUAAAUAUUUGGAAACAAAAAAAUUACAAAUAAUAAUAGAGGAAUAUAAAAGAAUACUACUAAUAAUUAAUAUUCUAAAAUAAACAAUAGUUCCUUGCCUUCUCUGGCAUACACAGUAGUAGCUAAAGGUUAUCAAGAUGCAUCAGAGACAUGAAGAAGACUCAGUGAGGCUGGUUUAUAAGUAAUAUGUACUUUAUCAGGAAACCCAGGCUUGGAGUUUCCCUUGUUUACAUUAAGAGGAUUCUUUCAUAGCAUGAAAUUCACUCCUAUACAUUGCAUACCUCAGCAGAAGCAGGACAGAAACUCUUCACUUUGGCUUUCUGACUCAAGUUAAACUCUCUUGCUUUAGAUUAUCUCUGAUCUCUUCCAGGAAAGAAUAAAUGAAUAUCCAAAAAGAAGAGACUUGAAUACUUGAUGUAAUUUUUUAACCAAAAAUCAAUCAGUUGCUUUUAAGACUGGAGCCAUCUGCUGAACUUCAGUGUUCAAAAAUAGCUGAGGUUGCACUGCUCUUGUUGGGGCACACAGAGGUGGUACAAGCAUCACCAACCUCACCACCCCAGCAAGACACACUGGGAACAGCUGGAGAACAGGGCAGGGAGCUUCUCCUGACUGUGGCACGGUUUUUAACAUGGCUGAGGAGGGAUGGAAUUUGUGUCAGGCCAGAUCAUGUCAUCAGAGAAACUUGUCUUUUGUUUCUUUUUCAGAUCAUUCCCAUUCCACUGAAAUUGUGGUCAUCAGCACUAGUUUGUUUAUAAGUUAGGGAUUUCCAAAUUCUCCAGUCCUUUGAUGUGUUGAAUUUGGAAGCAGAGACUUCCAAAGAAAAAAGUAAAAUUUCUUCUGUAAUUUUUUAAAACGAUUACAAAUACAGGUAUUACAUUAACUAUUUUUUAAAAAUCAGAUGUUGAAACUUAAAUUACAAAUAUUUAUAUUUACAUACUGAUAAUAGGGGAUGGCUGAGAUCCAUGUUUUAGUUUGUCUCCUGAUCUUGUUGAAGAUGUCCCAGUUUGUUGCAGGGGUGUUGAACUAGAUGACCUUCCAACCUGAAUUAUGCUAACUAUGUUCAAGUUCUUUCAAAUUGCCCACAAAAAGCUGGAUAUUUCUGUGUGCAUCAAUGAUAACUUUGCGUUGUAAAUGUAAAUAAGAUUUUUGGACUACAUAAAACUUCCAGGUCAGACUUUGGAGUUGCACAAGUGGCAGCUGUUUCACUGCAAGCACAGUUAAUGUGAAGGCUCCCCAAGGAGGAUAUUUGUGGUGGCUCAGCAGCUGAGUGCCUGAAAUAAACCCCAGGUCUCUGCCUGUGCAGUGCUAACCUCUGCUUCUUUCCAAAGGUGACCCACAGGGUGUCUGAGCUCCUGCACCAGUGACUGUGCCAAAAGGCAGGUGUCAGCGCUGACUUCUGUGAAGGCUCCUCUCAUUAAAUCAAAAUGAAAUAAUAUGAGCUAAAAAUUGAUGGGCUGGAUUCUCCCAGGUAUUGCCCGGUUACAUGGAGUGCCAGCAGCAGUGCUGAUUUACAGUUUCUGAGCCUGUGGCCCAUGGUUUGACCUAAUUCAUUAGUUCCCACCACCUGAGCUGGGGCAAUUUAAGCAGAAAUGUCUCUGUUACCAUCAGGGUAACUUCAGAGAAUUGUUAAAGCAGUUUGAUUCCAACUAACCUCAUUUUUUUUACUUCAUUGUAUAUUCUCCUUGAUUAUUGCAGAGGUGAAGCUGCUUCCAAAGUCUUAAAAUUGUCAUUGCUGAUGUGGCUUUGCCAGAGCUGUCACUCAGCUGCAGUUCUGACUCAAAUUCUGCAGAUCAGAGCUGGCUCUUGCAGUCCAAGAUCAUGUAGGUACCAUAGGAUAAUUUGGGUUGGACGAGACCUUAAAAGAUACCUACUUCCAUCCCCCUUGCCAUGGGCAGGGACACUUCAGAUCAGGUUACUCCAACCCCAUACAACCUGAGCUUGAACCCUUCCAGGGAUGGGUGGCCUCAGCUUCCCUGGGCAGCCUGUGCCUCCCAUCCUCACAGUACAAGCAAAACUCUCCAUGCUUGUUCUGCAGCAAUUGUGUGCAUUCAGAUCUUGACACGAUCAGGCUGAUCGUUCACAUUAUCAGUUUUAUUUAACAAAGCUAUCUCUUAUAUGUAAUUUCCAUGCUGCUUCUCUGGGUGUUAUAGAGAGAAGCAUGAAGGCAAAUUCAGCUUGUCUGCAUUUUCACUUCAGAUAACAAUGGUGUGGUUUUUCCCAAAGCAGCUCAGGAGACCAGCUCUUAAUUUCUGAGCUGCCAGUGGGGAAUGGGGUUAUUCUGAACACAGUUUGUCCAUGUGCUUUCUUAUCCAAUCUUUCUUCCCAAGAAGCUCUCUUUCUUCCAACAGCCCUUAUUCCUGAAAACAUCUAAAACAUUAAGCAAAGCUAAGGCAAGAGAUGUGCUCUUGUCUUCUGUGCAGAAGGGGCAGGGGCAUCAGUAAGGGCUAAUUACCAAAAACUUCUUCAGCUGAUUCCAUUCAUAUUUACACAGACAGAUGAUGAUAAAAUGACUCUCUGUGGUUUGGUCACCCAUAUUUGCAGGCUGUCACAUACAUAAGCUGCUUUAAAUUGUCUGUGGUUUGCAAUAUCUAGGGCAGACUUUGAGAAUGCUCAGGACAGCAUCUGCACUCUCCUUAACUUCCAUCUCAAUUUCAUGUGCCUGAUGGAUGUUUCUGUGACAUUGGCAAGUCCCACAUCACCUUCUGGCAAGCAGGACAAACCAGCCCUUCCUGAAGCCCUGCAGGCAGUGGUCUGGAUGGUGAGGAAGAAUCCCACAAGCUCAGAUUCCUCUUUGGACAGGGAAUAGGGUUUAUGGUAGGGCAGGACUCUGAUGCUAAAAAUGAAAAACUCUCCCAAGGUUUUGGGCAACUUGAAAAACACCCUGGAAAUCACAGUCCUUUUAAAUAAGGCUCCUGUCUAACCUCAUACAGAUUGGCAACAAAGUUGUGCAUUUCAUUUCAGUUUCAUUUCAGUUUCUCUGGUAAGUAGUGGAGUAGCUUUGCAUUUCCAUUAAUUUAAAGCUGUCUCUAGAUGGCUUCAGAGAGCAAAGAGAACCCAUCACUGUGGGAGUGGCUGUGCUCUAGGAAGGUGCUGUAGCUCAUGGGCAGAAUUCCAUCCUUGUGGGCAGGACCUGGGCACCAGCACAUUGCCUGUCUUCCUUAAUGAGCUGAGAGAAGACCAGGCAGAGCCCUGUGCUCCUCGCUCACGGGCUGCUGAUGAGGCCUGGAGCAAAUCCCUACACUAAAAGCACUGAGAAAUGGAACAGAGGUGAUGGAAACGUGGUUUGUUCACUGUGAAUAUCCAGCUGGGAUAGUUGGAAUAACUGCAAGGGAAGAAUUGCCUUUGCAAAUCAUGUGCCUGAUUUACUGGUUAAAUAGUUUUUCAGUCCUCCCUAUUUAGUCAACAAGGACAUUAAGAUGUCCAGAAACAAAAGUGGAAUGAUUGGUUCCCAGUACUAAUCUUAAUGGUCACAAAUCCAGUAUUUCAGAUUUUUUGCUCAGCACUUAGCAAGUAGAGUCAAUCAGGCUUCAUUUAAAUAGAUUAAUUCCUAUUGUAGAGUUAAACCUGAUUUCAUGUUUUCCUUUACUGGUCACUAGAUCUUUUCUAUAUCACAGAAAAUUAUGUUUACCUUAAAAGUGAUCUGUAGAUAUGCCUGAAACAGCACCUAAUGUGAACAUAAAGUGAAUGUUCUCAAUGCUAGGGCGAGUCUUGUGAAAAAUUUUUGCAGCCGAAAGUCUUGAACCAUUCACUGAAAUAAGACAACUAUUUGAUUUUAACAAAAUGGAUUUUGUUGUCAAUAAAAUCACUGAUAAACACUUGAGUUGGAUUUGGGACUACUGAAUAUAUAUAUAUAUAUGUAAAUCUACAUACACAAACUUUCUUUUAGAUCACAGAAAUGAAUGCUCCAACUUAAAGUUUAUUCAUCUAAAUAGCUGGAGAAAAUAUCCACUUAAUCACAUAGUCUAAACACAUUGAAGUAGGGGGAAAAAAGGUGUUCAUUUUAACCUGUGUUUAUUUUUUCACCAGUAAAAACAAAUAAAAAGACAAGAAAAAUAAUCAUAGUGCCUAUGAAAAGAUUGUGUUUCAAGAAGUUUGCAAUGUGUACCACGAUUACUUUAACUGCAAAUGGAAGCUGCUUUUAGACUGAGUUUGGUUGAAAGGAAAUAUCCUUAGAAAAACUGUCACGCAGAAUCCCAGGAAAUGUUUUGGUUCGAUAUGUUUGGCCUCCAUUUUUGUGGAGCUGUACAUUCCUGUCCAUGGUUCUAAAGGAUAAAAAAAGAACUUAUUUCAGAA